CACAGUACUGGUAGGAGUCGGUCUGCUCUAUGCUAUCAACUUUGCCUUCAUCUCUGCACCUAUGCUGGCCACGUGCGUCAUACAGCGGGUCGGGCUGGGAGUAACCUACGCCAUCAUCUAUUCCGGCUUCUUCAUCAAGGUGAUGAACGGAUGGCGACUCAACCAGUACCAGCUGAAGCGGGCCGCCGGCUACUCCAAGCUGUCGACACCAGGGGGCCUCCUCGUCAUCUCGCUGUCGCUCGUGCUGGUGCAGUGCAUGGUGGCGGCUCAAUGGAUCAUCCUAGUACCGCCAGCCGUAGAGUUUGUCGGCGGGGCGUGGGUGUGCGCGCCGACGGACGGCUACCACAGCGCCCUCGUGCUGUCGCUAGUCUACGUCAUCGGUCUGUUACUGCUCACCGUUGCCAUGGCGUGGCUGUGCUGCAACCUGCCCGCGAACAACUACGAAGCUCGCUGGAUUCUCAUGUGCCUCACGUUCUCCGUCAUCGUCUGGAUCGCAUGGACCUGCAUUGCCUGCCUCGGUCGGAUGGAGUUCAGGGACCCGGCUGUGUGCCUCGGCAACUUUGUCAACGCGACAGUGAUCAUGCUCAGCAUAUAUCUACCGAAAGUCUACAUCUUCAAACGCUAUAAGCAGGAGACGCAACUGGCGGAGAAGUCGCCCGUCAACGCGCUGCAGCAGACGCUCACGUCGAAGCCGUACAGCACGCUCUCCGGACCCGCCAAACUCGCCCUCCCCGACCCUGCCCCUGCCGCCGCCGCCGCAGCACACUACCCAGGCGUGUACCACCAGUACGCGGUCGUGUAUAACGGAGGGAGCCAGUUCAACCCGGGAAGCCACGAGCUGGCGGAAAGACUCGGUCAGAUGGUGAGAGAAAGAAGCCUGGCAAGUCCCAGCGACCGCGGCAGCAGAGAGGGCAGCACCUUUCAGCCGAGCGAGAAAUGCAGCAGGGACGGAUCGAGCGUACUGCAUGACAGACACCUCGCUCACAGCCGGGAGGGAAGCAGCCUACACGAUAAAUUCGUCGCUCACGAUCGAGGCGACGGAAGCACCAUGCACGACCGUCACCAUGGCAACAGCAGCAGCCGAGAGGGAAGCGUGCUGAACAGUAGGCCGACGAGCGGGCGCUUCUCGCGAGAGGGCAGCACGUAUCGCACGACGCUGCGAGUGACGCCAGCGCCGCACCGCGGCCCGCAAUCGAACGCCCGCUACGUUCGCUCGCCCGCCACACCAAACUACUUGUACGAGUCGCGCGACGUGCUCUACUGACAGCGCCCCCUACUGGUGGCAACGACGGACUUAAUCAACGGAUGCGGUCGUGUAGCAUGGCCCCCUGCAUUCUCCCGUCUGACAUCACAACUGACGUGUCCAUAUUGACAACGAUAAUAUUAGCAAGUGCCACCUACUGGUGGUGCUUCCUGCAUUCGCCCGACUGAGAUUGCAAUUGACAUAUCCAUAUUUAUUAGCAAGAUAUUAUAAGCAACAUGCUCCCCAAGUCCUUGCCCCCAAGAUAUUGCGGACCGAGUCAGUUAAAAUGUAGAUCAGCGUUUGCUUUUCGCCAUGCGCGUGCAGCAAAUUGUAGAGUUUGCAGCAUUUCAUUUAAACAUUGUCUUUUAGAAUGUCCAAUCGUGAUUAGAACGUUCUAUUGCAACAAUGAUUAUCCAGAGUUGCCUGUCAAUCCUGUGAGGUGGAGAGGUCGCUGGAAUUCGACUGAAGGUCAACACUUGAAAUGGUCAAGGCUUGUCCGAGACGAGUGUUAAAAACUAGAGAUAGAACUAGGUUAUAUUUUAUCAUUAAAGUUAGCAGUUAAAACUCGUGUCAUUUACAUCGCGUGAGUGCGCGCGAUAUUGUAUCAUAUCCCGGUCAACUAUCUAUAUUUUACUCUUUAAUAAAAAAACACCAGUAUUUAAUAUGGUGACCAUCGACUGAAUCACAUUAAUUGAUUGUUUGCUAACAUCAACGCGAAAUGACCAAACAACAAGCAAUUCCUGGUCACGAGCAAUUCCAAAUACGGACGGAUAUGGAGACGGUUUUACUCUGUAUAUAUACAGGUUUAUUAAAUGAAGCUAAAACGUA